AUGUCCCUCCGCUGGCUGCUCUCCCGCACAUUUGCGCUCCUUCUUCCACUCACAGUGACCGCCACUGUAUACCUCUAUCUCUACCCAGUCUUCGACGGAUGCGCCUUUCCUCUACCACAAUCUGUCUCGCAGUCAAGCGAGAGGCAGAUAUACCAUAAUUCAGUGAUCAACACGCUUUUCCAACACCUCGGUGUAUCAACCUCAGACUCAAACGGUCAACCCGCCAUCUUUAGACUCCUAGUCCUUGCAGACCCCCAAUUGGAAGGCGACUCCUCGCUCCCUUUCCCCGAAUAUGAAUUAUAUCCCCGCAUGCAAACCCAUUGGCGUGCCAUCCAGGAAGCAAUUGGCAACGCCUCCACUUCACCUCUGCUGAACGAGAAUGUCCUCUCAAACAUCACAACCGGUCUCCAAACCCUCGCAACCGAAGACAUCCCACGCGCCUUCAAGUCAAGUCUGAAACGCCUCGACCUUUUCGGUAACGACUACUACCUCGCGCACAUCUACCGCACGCUCUUUUGGUGGACCCGGCCGACGCACACAACGGUCCUAGGUGACUUGGUGGGGAGCCAAUGGAUCUCCGACGACGAAUUCGCCCGGCGCGGACACCGGUACUGGAACCGCGUGUUCCGCGGCGGAGAGCGAGUUGACGACAACAUCACCAGAACCGGCGCGGCGGGUUGGAGCCAGGGCGAAGGCAGCAAUGCGCCGCCAUUGGAACCCCUGGGCACGGAUCGAGCCUGGGCCAGACGCGUGAUCAAUGUCGCGGGAAACCAUGAUAUUGGAUAUGCGGGGGACAUCAGCGAGGCGCGGAUGGAGCGUUUUGACCGUGCGUUUGGCCGCGCAAAUUGGGAUGUGCGGUUCGAACACCCGCCCAUCUCGUCCUCGUCUGCUGGAGACCAGGUUGUUACCCCUACUCUGCACCUAAUCAACCUCAAUUCCCUCAUGUUCGAUACCCCCGCUCUUUCUGCGGAGGUCCAGAGCCAUACGUAUUCUUAUCUGAACGAUCUGAUCGCCGAUCGACUCUCGCCGGUCGAGGACCGGUCGGCUUUUACUUUGCUUCUGACGCAUCUACCCCUGCACAAGGAAGAUGGCAUAUGCACGGACGGGCCGUAUUUCUCAUUCCGCAAUUCUGAUGACCAGGAUGGUCCCGACGGCGUGCCCCGGUGGCUUGACGGUGGUCUCAAGGAGCAGAACCAUCUCAGCGAUACACUCAGCGCUAGUGGGAUCCUGCAAGGCAUCUUUGGACUGAGCGGCGACGAGAAUGCGCUUGUUGGUGGCCAGGGUCGGAACGGGCUCAUUCUUACGGGGCAUGACCACGCGGGCUGUGAUACUGUGCAUUUCGUCAACCGCACUGAAACAGCCGGCGACGAUGGUUUAUCUCAGCCUUGGAAGUGGGCUGCGAAGCGCUUCAAUGCGAGCCAGCACAUCGACGACCCUUCUAUCCGGGAAGUGACCCUCCGCUCGAUGAUGGGAGAGUUUGGUGGUAAUGCCGGUCUCCUUUCGGCUUGGUUCGAUGAGGCCGCAGGUGAGUGGAGAUAUGAGAUCACUAUGUGUCCAGCUGGCGUGCAGCAUAUCUGGUGGGUGGUUCAUAUCCUCGUGCUAGUGACGCUGGGUGUGGCUCUGCUUUGGUUCCUAUCUGGCGGUGCUCAGGCGAAGGCGGCUGUUCGAAAAGUCCAGCCAGAACAGAAGACCCAGGAUGGACAGAAGAAAUAA